UAAUUUCUUUUUCGACCACUAGGUGGUAUUAAAAAAAUGAAUGAUUUCUUGGUAUGGUUUUAAAGUGAUUUUUGUGUUAAAUGUUACGCAGAUUAUUGUUAAAAAAUAAUUUUUUCUUGACAUAAUAUAAAAGUUUUGAUGAACCAUAAAGCAACAUCAGUUUCUCUAAAUUUGUCGAUUGCACAUUCGAUAUGAAAUCAGCUACAAACUUCCUCAAUUAGAAGUUAUAAGAUAUGAAGUGUCACUACGAGGUAUUGGGAGUUCCCAUUAAUGCUACUCCUGAAGAAUUAAAGAAGGCUUAUCGUAAAUUAGCACUAGAAUGGCAUCCAGAUAAGAAUUUGCAUCAAUUGGAAGAUGCUACAGCGCAGUUUAAACUAAUACAACAAGCCUAUGAAAUUUUAAGUGAUCCUCAUGAAAGGGCCUGGUAUGAUCGACACAGAACUGAAAUAUUAUGUGGUGGCGAUUACCAAGAUGAAAGCCUUAAUGUUUUUCAAUAUUUUAAUACUUCUUGUUUCAGUGGCUACGGAGAUGAUGAUAGAUCCUUUUAUACUGUCUAUAGAAAUGUAUUUGAUAAGAUAGCAGAGGAAGACAAAGUCUUUUCAGAUGUGAUUGAUGCACCAACCUUUGGAUGUUCUGAUAGUUCGUAUGAAGAUGUUGUUCAUACAUUUUAUGCUUAUUGGCAAAGUUAUUGCACUGCCAAACCAUAUAGUUGGGUAGAUAAGUAUGAUAUCAGGGAGGCACCCAAUAGAAGAGUUUUACGUUUAAUGGAGAAAGAAAAUAAGAAACUUAGAGAUCAAGCAAAAAAAUCACGCAGUGAAGAUGUUCGACAGUUAGUUGCUUUUGUUCGCAAGAGAGAUAAACGAGUACAAGCGUAUAAAAAGGUAUUAGAAGAAAAAACUGCUGAAAAUACAAAGAAGAUGGAAGAACAACGGAGGAGGCAAAUUCUCGAGAGGCAGAAAAAUUUUGAAAAUUUUAGAGAGACAGAAUGGACAUCAAUGUCUAAACUAGAAGGAAGUUUACAAGAAAUAGAAGCACAGUUAGAUAAAGAAUUUGGUAAAGAAGAAAAUGAAGAGGAAGAUCAAGAUGAUGAUGAUGAUAAUAGUGAGCCAUUGGAAGAUCUUUAUUGUGUAGCAUGUGAUAAGUCAUUUAGAUCUGAAAAAGCUUUUAGUAAUCAUGAAAAAUCUAAGAGACAUAAAGAAAAUGUAACAUUAUUAAAAUUGGUCAUGAGAGAAAAUGAAGAAACAUGUGAAGAGAGUAAAAAUUUGGAUUUAGCAGAUGAUACUGAAAAUGAUGAAAGUGACUUGUCAGAUAUCUUAAAAAAGCAAGAAAAUGAGUCUAAAAAAAGGAAAAAUAAAAGAAAAAGGAAUAAUUUAAAGCAAGAUUCAGAUAAUUGGGAAAUAGAAACAGAAGAUAAUACAGAAAUUAAUGUUGAGAAUAAGACUGACAUAAUAUGUGAAAGUGAAGUAAGUAAUAUUGAAAUUAGUAAGAAUUUAAAAUCUGAAAGUGAAACACACACAGUUAAUGUAUGUGAAGAAAAUAAAUUAAAAUCAGAAAGUACAAGUAAUACAUAUAAUAAAUCAAAAGGAAAAAAGAAUAAAGCAAACAAGGCACAAAACAAAGCUGCGUCACAAUCUACAUCAGAAAAUAUUUGUCAAAAAUGCCAUUCUGAAUUUAGUUCAAGAAAUAAGUUAUUUGAACAUCUAAAAUCUACAGGACAUUCUAUGUAUGUUCCAGCUAAUAAAAAUGAAAAUCGUGAAACUUUACAGCAAAAAUCAUGUAAUAAAAAGAAAUUACGAUAAAAAACAUUAUUUUAGAUUUGAAUUUUGUAAAAUUAUUUAUAUAAUAAUAAUUGUACAGUAUUAUUUUUAAUCUAAAAAAGGAAAUGGUAACUAUUAAAAAUAAUGACUAUUUUGACUACUUUGUCAAACAUCUGGGAAGUUACUCUGUAAAGUAAAUAUAAUGUUAUUAAGAAAUUUAUUAUUUAUGAAUGUGUACAAAUAUAAUUUAUAUUUGAUUUGAGCAUACAACAAAUUUAAACUAACCAAAGGAAUUGUUAUAGUUUUAUAUCCUGUAAAUCCUACAUAUUUUAAAAUGUUGAGUUUCACCAAAU